CAAGACCCUCCAAACACCACUACUUCCCUCUUCAACCAGAAAAAAAGGAAAGUCUGCGACUGUGUAGCUGCUCAGCAUGGCCUGUCACCACCACCACCAAAGCCACCCUCCCCCAACCACCACCACCACCUGUUGCCGCUGCUGCAGCACACUCCAUCUUUCCCCACCAUUGCCAGACCCACUUCUCCUAGCUCUUGCUGCUCAUGUUAUUCAAUCUGUCCUCCCAAACCAUCAGCAACACCAUUAUCACGAUCCAUAUUCUCAAUAUACAAAACUUAACACCCCCAAUCCCCGUCCCCAAAACCAAUACAAUCGUCGGCACCGAAGAUCUCAAGACGCACGCUUCGAAGAAAUCCCCGAGUCCCACUCUCUGCUUUCCUCUCUGUUUCGCCGCAUUCAUGUCCUAGAAUCCUCUCUCCACUAUUUUUCCACUUCUUCUCCGUCUCCGUAUUCUUCUACCCCUUACUCUCUUAGAGACUUAGCUGCUCGUGUUAUACAAACCCGUUUCCGUGCUUUCCUUGUUCGCAGAUCAAGUGCUCUUAGACAGCUCAAAGACCUCGCUGUCAUCAAGUCCACUUUCAACUCUAUCAAAUCCUCGCUUUCCUGUGAGACACAUUUCGAUUUUGAUGCUCUUUCUCAGAAGAUCAUGGAUUUGCUUCUCAAGCUUGACUCUAUUCAGGGUGGGAAUCCUCUGAUUAGGGCUGGGAAGAGGUCGACUACUAGAGAUUUGGUGCGGUUCUUGAAGUUCAUAGAUGGGGUUGCUGCGAAAAGCCAUGGGCUUUUCUCCAAAACUACUAAGAAUGUGAGUUUUGGCCAUCCAAAUGGUAACAAAUCUAGCGUUUUGGGCACCAGGAUCAAAAGUUUGGGCGGGCAUACGGAAAUGAUAGAUAAGCUGAGGGCCAGAGUAGAGAAGAUUAGUGGGCUGUCUAGGGUUUUUCAAAAUGACGAGGAAGACGUGGAGUUUGAGGGGUUCAAGCAAGCCAGCGAUGAUGAUGAGGAAAACUUUCCUAGAGUCGUCAUUGGUGGAAAGAAUGGGCAGAUUAGAAGUGGGUUUUUGGUGGAAAGGAACGGGAUUCAACCCAGGGUGAAGAAAAGUGUGAGCUUUGCAGAGAAUAGGAAUGUGUACAUUCGGGAUAGUACUUGCUUGGAUCAGGGAGAGCCUGUGAAAAACCCUUGCAGGGAACUAGAAGAAGUUAAGGGUUUUCCUUGGGACAAUGAGGAUGAUGAGGAGGCACACUUCGAUCAUGGAAGUUCACUGGUCCAGAUUCCAGACCAGUGAUUGGGAAAGAAAGGCAAGAAUCAUGUUGAGAAGUGACGGUAAUUAUGACAUUGGAGACCAUAAUUUCGGACAAAAUGAGGAUUAUGUAUUCCCUUCCCCCCGAAUAUGAUAUCCAAAGCUGAUUUGAUUGAAAAGAGAGAUGCUGUGAAGAUUGUGACAUAAAAUGCAAUCUAUGGGGUCGGAUUUUGGUCCUGCAAAUUUUCGAGACGUCCUUUUCUUCGUCAU